AUCAUCUCGUACUGAUUAUCAUCGAAACAGGACGUCCUCGGUCAAAUUUUAAUGAUUUCAACACCAUUGUUCGAGUGUCGCUCAUCCAUUGGAAGUUUACAUUUUGGUAACAAUGUACGAGUAUGUUAUUAUCAGUGCGUAAUAUUUCGUGUCAACUCGACGUACACAACACCUCGUAAUGUGCCUGCCUUAACACACAUGUAGAUACGCCAAUACGUUUUCCAAAGCCGUUAGUACUGAACGUAUUCAGUAAUUCUCGGUGUAAUAGCAAUGCCGCGUGAUAAGACCGUUUUCAAAUGUCGAAGUUAUUAUCAAAAAGUGAUUCGAUACGAUCAACAGUUUUAAUAGACUUUUUAAGAAGAUCAUUAAAAUCGAUAACGGAUUUUUUUCUAAUGUAAGUGUUAAAAGUGUAGCCUUUUCAGGCAAAGUUAAACGUAGAUAUUAAUUUUGUGAUGUAAAGGAAUAAAAGUCGGUUUAUUGGACUAAUGUAAUUUUAGCUCUCUCCGAUAAUACUCGGAAUGAAUUUGGAAAAAUAGCACAGAAUAAUGAGCCUAAUAAUGCGGUAACAACAGUUGUCGGAAUUAGAAAUUUAGUGUUAGCUUACGAGUAAUUUACGUCUAAGGAGAUAUUUAAAAUGCCUUAUAUUUUGAAUGCAGUACGAAGAAGAGUUUCAGUGAAAGCUGCUAUUUUUCUAAUUUUAUGCAUGUGCUCUCUUAUUCCCAUUAUAUCUAAUUUAGACUAUGUAAAAAAUUUGGCUUCACCUGAUCCGGAUAGUGCAAGUGUGAUGGACAGAGUGCAUAUUUCUACUGUGGAAAAUUUCUAUGAACAACGUGUGGAAUGGCCGUCAUCAAAGUUAGGUGGAAUAUUAUUUCAUCGUGAACCCAUACCGAAUCCUAAUCCUAAUGCUAACAGAACGUACAAAGUCCUCGUGUGGAAAUAUUGGGAUUGGCUCAAAAAUCGUCACGUAUUGAACUAUGGGAAAGCACGACAUAAAGAGGAUAAUUUGCUAGAAGGCUGCAGUGUGAAAAAUUGCGUUUUUACUGGAGAUGAUAGCCAGAUGGAUACUGCAGACGCUGUGCUCAUACAUUUGCAAAGAGGACUGAUUCCUGAAGUAAAACACAGAAACCGCAAACAAAGAUGGAUAUUUUUGAAUGAUGAGUCUCCAAAAAAUAAAUUUUCUCUAGCAAAGGAAAACCCGAGCUUGCAGAAUUUUUAUGACGUAUUCAAUUGGUCUAUGACCUACAGGAGUGAUGCCGAUGUACCAGUGCCGUAUGGACGAACUGUAGCUUUGGAAAGACCAGUACUAUCAGAAUUUGUCAUGACGGAACUUGCGGCAAUGGUGCCCAAUUGGAAUCGAAAGAGACGAGACCGACCAGUAGCGCUGCUCAUGUCCAAUUGCGGAGUACAAGCUAGAAAUGACUUUGUUGCAGAGUUGAAGAAAUAUAUUCAUGUUGAUGUUUAUGGAAAAUGUUCAGAUAAUCAGGGAUACAGAAUGAGUUGCCCUGGACAUUUUAAAGCGGACUGCGACCCAGUAGCGAAAUAUUUAUUUUAUUUAGUAUUAGAAAAUACUAGUUGCUUUCAAUAUUUGACUGAGAAGGGGUUCUAUCAUGCAUACGAAAAAGGUGCUAUUCCUGUUAUAUUCGGCCCUUCAAUGGAGGACGUCGAAAGUUUACUGCCGCCACAUUCAUACUUGUUCGUAGAUGCGGAGACGAGUAUAGAAACAGUAGCAAACAAUAUCAAAGCCAUAGCUGAUAAUAAUGAUCUUAUACUAGGCAUGCAUAUGUGGAGAAAUCAUUUUAAAGUAGUCAAUGAACACGGGUAUUUUGGCACAAAGUCAUACCAUUUGUGUCGUUUGUGUGAAGCACUAAAUUAUAAUGACGAAAGUGAGAAGAUUUAUGACAAAGAACGUCUUGAUCUGUUCCUGGAUCCAUCCAGUGCCUGCUAUGAAAGCAAAUUCGCUGUUAAAAAAAAUACAACUGCUUCAGUAUUAUGAAUUCUUUAAAUAUCAAAAAGUGUUCACUCCGUAGCGUCAAACUGGUAUUUUUUGGACCAACAUUUGUCUGAGUCCGCAAAUCAUUUCGGAGUUUUGAAAGUUCCCUCCCGGGAUCUUGCUGGAGAAAUAUAAAUCCACUGUUCAUUGAGUAAUAAAUUUCAUCGCAUUGUUAUUCAGGGAGAGAUGGUCCCUUUGAAUUAUGAUACAAGUUUGUUUUUAUUACUGUAUUGUUGAAGGUGUUAAAGAGGACGAGUUAAACGUAGCUUAAGAUUUAGGUUGUUUUAAUAAAAAAGUUUUUUGAA